GCACCUGAGCAGAGAGAAGCUUUAGUUCAGACUGACACACCUUCUUCUUCUUUACUCCUCUGUCCAUCACCACACUCAGUCUGAAUAUCACAGCAUGGAGGUGAAGCUGUUGGUCUGUGCUGUCGUGCUGUCGGCCUUCACAGUUACAGGAAACAACGCACAGUUAGAUGUUUGUGGCAACGCACCGCUCAACACAAAGAUCGUCGGGGGUGAGGAUGCUGCUCCCGGGGCGUGGCCCUGGCAGGCCAGUCUGCACAGAGACGGCAGCCAUUUCUGUGGAGGCUCCCUCAUCAACAAUGAGUACGUCCUGACGGCCGCUCACUGUUUCCCCAGCACCAGCACUUCUGGUUUGGUGGUUUACCUCGGACGUGAGAGCCAACAAAGUGUGAAUCUUAACGAGGUGUCCCGGACAGUGUCCGAGGUCAUCAACCAUCCAGGCUACAAUUCUGACACAAACAAUAACGACAUAUCCUUAUUGAGACUGUCCUCAACAGUUGAUUUCACCGACUACAUCAGUCCUGUGUGUCUGGCAGCAGAAGGCAGCGUCUUUGAUGCUGGGACGACGUGCUGGGUCACCGGCUGGGGAACCAUCCAGACUGGCGUUUCCCUUCCUUUCCCUCAGACGCUGCAGGAGGUGAGUGUUCCUGUCGUGUCCAACACUCAGUGCAAUGCUGCCUACGGUUCAAUCACAAGCAACAUGAUCUGUGCCGGUCUGGAAAACGGAGGGAAGGACUCCUGCCAGGGGGAUUCAGGCGGCCCCUUGGUGAGUAAAGAUGGCUCCAAGUGGGUCCAGGCUGGCGUGGUGAGUUUUGGAAGAGGCUGCGCUGAGGCCGGUUUCCCAGGAGUCUACGCCCGCGCAUCCCAGUAUCAGACCUGGAUCAACAGCCAGAUCUCCAGCAACCAGCCGGGCUUCGUCUCCUUCACGGCCUCCUCCAGCAUCGGUUCAACCAGCAGAGCCGCCCACUUGAUCUCCCUCUCAGUUCCUCUGGUGCUGUCCAUCCUCCCUGUUCUCCUCUCGCUCCUCGUCCUCUCAUAGGAGCUUUAAUGAUGGAGUCAGAUAAGUGCAAAAACAUCCAGCUGAACAAGGUUUAUGGUCUCGUGUUUACGCUGAGGUUUUUUAGCUUAAAACAAGCAAAAAAAAUCUGCCUUUUUAAAAUGGAAAUCUAACUAUAAAGACAGAAGAAGGAAAUAGACUCUGUCUGACUCUGUCAUUAACAAUAUAAAAUCUUUCUGCUGAUUUUUUUUUAACCUGAAAAACUCAGAUUGUCUUCUGUUUAUAAGCACCAAUAUUAAAGAUUUGCACUGAAGGUGAAUUUUAUGUUCAUUACCUUGAACCUGAGCUUAUUACCUCUUUAUUCUGUUAUUAAAUCACUACUGUAUUUUUGUACUGAGUACUUGCAACUGUGAUUUUUUUAUGCAUAUCUGACAUGAAGUACAUAAAAAUAUUAGAUUUACACACAUUUAUAUCACUUUACCUUUACAUGAGCAGACACCUCUCAGUGAGUUUGUGUUGUGGUUCAGUAUAAAACCACAGACACUGAUUUAUUUUGGAUCUUUCUGGUUCCUGUGUGUUUUUGAAAAGCUGUUUUUAAAGUGAUUAUUUUUGAUUAAGUUUUAAAAACACUAAAACUUUUGAAUGUAUAAUGCUAAAUAAAGAUUUUUUGUUCGAAAA